GCCUAGUGCCCUUGGCGAGGAAACAAAAGUCUUUGGGAAUCGGGAUUUUCUGUCCUCAAAACCUCUCAAUCAGACUUGGGCAGUGACAAACAGGACACCGGUCAUAAUACACGCCCUGGUUUAUACCCAGGUCGUCGCAUUCUUUUCUGUUUCUUUGUACGGCUCGCAUUUUUCGUAGCCGGCUGGUAACGGUUGGGCUUCUGCUUGGGACUCGGGCAUUGGGCAUCCUCAAUGCUGACCGCCAUUGCUCAAACAUGCACUUGAGAUUGUUCGAUUGAACACUUUGACAAGAUAAACAUGGCCGUAUCAAGUUCGCCCGUGGGGGGGAUCGGCCGGGACGACGUCGAACUAUCUAUCACCUCGAAGGAGCCGCCAGCCGCUCCGCAAAGCACAGCCACCGCCAAGGAGCCAGAGACCCCGGAAGUCACAGCCCAUAUCUACGAGUCCGCGGACUUUCAUGCCCCUUCACUGGACCAGGUCACACUUGUCAAGGGAAGACGCACAUGGGCGUAUCCGCGGGGGCUGCGCCUCGAACACAAUCUCCACUGGGCCAUUGGGCUGCUGGAACUGGCCAACGCGGGGGACUUUGCGGCAAAUAUAUGGAACGACACGCCCGUUCCCGUAUAUGCUACCGUGUUUAUGGCGAUUGGUGGCACUGCAGCGGCUGUGCUGUCGACUUUUGCCUUUCGAGAUGCGGUCAAGGCCUGGCACAAUGUGAAAUUCCUCAAACGCCAGCGUCGCGGCUUGAGAGAUCACAAGAUGCAGCUACUGGAAGAAGCCCAGCCUACUCGACAAGUCGAUGUAUUUCUCGACAUUGCUCGCCGAGAGCUCUACACAGAAGUCAUCAAUCGUUGGGGCAUGGAUAUCCUCAUGGGCGGAGGCGCAGUCCUUAUCGCCGUGGGUACCUACUUGGCCAUGGGCGGCGAAAAUCCCAAGGUAUGGAUGGCCAGUAAUAUACUCUCAGGUUAUGUCGGAAACGCUCCCAUUGCGCUCUAUGGGCUGGCCAAUUCUAUGUGGGCGGUUGUCAUGUGGCGAAGAAAACAGUCUCACAAAAAGGCAGCCAUGAAAGGACUACAAGGCACCGUGGCAUUGGAACUCGUCAAGAAGUAUUGCUUCAACGUUCAACUUUUCUUUGCCAUCAAUGGGACAACUACCUUGAUUGGAGGCAUAGCAUCGAUGCUGGCUGCGACCAGAUGGUGGGCGUACGUGAUUCUCAUCCCAGUCAUUAUCUCGUCAUUCUUCUGCAACCAUUGGUGGCGGAAACACGCCGGAUACGAUCGACCAUAUCUCGACUUGCCCAUUGGCAUGAACGAAAACGGACUCAUUCAAGCACUCGAGUCUGCUGCUGCGAUUCGGCGCGGGAUCGAGAAGGAUCAAGGCGAUGAUGCUCUGAGGCAACUAGUACCGGAUACUAGAUCCUUACCAAGAGUGCUUGAUUUCUUGGUCGAGCACGGCAUGUUUGAGACUUUUGCCAUACGUCUCAUCGAGAACCGUCAUAUGCGCGAGAUUCUCUGUGCGGAGGAGACGAAUCGCGUUGAAAUCGACGUGGCAGGUUUGCUGGCACUGCCGGAGCCGCACCACGCUACCAUUCUCGACAUUGCUGGCCAAUUCGUUCGAAACGAAGGUCCAAAACACUUUGAACACCGCCAGAGGUUUAUAGCUGAAGUCCUGGGGACCUACCUAAGCAAAGAAGACCCCGAGCCGCAUCCGAGCGAUAAGGAAGCCGGACAGAGUGUGGUACAAACGGUCCCAUGCCAGCAGGAAUAACACGACGCGCAGGCAGCGACGGAACUAGAGCAUAACAGUACUUGAACUGGAGCAUUCGGAGUUUGAGGUUUAUGCUGGGAUAGAGGCGAGGUCAACGGAUAAAGAUUCCUGGAAGAAUGUCUAAAUACUCGUACACCAUUGAAGAACAUGAAUUAGAGUAAUAAUUCAAAAUAAUGAUUAA